GUUGUCUGUUCGUCGUCGGAGUUCCGCUGUGAGUCCAGUAACUCAUGUGUUCCGUCGGUGGUGAGAUGUGACGGAUGGAGAGAUUGCCACGAUGGGACCGACGAAAUGGACUGUACCACGGCUAAGCCAUCGCCUCAACACCACGCUCAUCAUAACCACCACCACAGGAAGUUCUCGCGACUGACGGUAACCUGUGCCGACGGAUCGCCACCGGAGUACAGUCUGUGA